UUUGCGGUGUUCUGUGUACUCUGUCGGGAUCAAGGCGUUUGGAGAGGGUCGUUUGUUGUUGUAUAGGCCCUGGUGCAAAACAGCAAUACAGCACAGUGAGCAAAUCCAGCUGUGGAAUGGCAGACAGCGUGAGCUCGGAGGCAGGUGGCGACGCGGGGGUGGGCGGCGGCGCGUUGUCGGCCGACGCCAAGCCGGCCGACUGCGCGCUGCUGACCUCCCUGGAGGCGGCGGACGGUGUCGAGACGACGGUCGACGGCAUCGUCGCCGGCCGGCUCACAGUGCUGGCUGUGGUGGAGGCGCUGGAGCCGCGCCUGGUGGCCGUUGAGCCGGCCACUCGUGCCGGCGGCGUGCAGCUGCUGGCCGACGUGCUGCGCCGUCUGCCGGCCGACCGGCUCAACGAGCAGGAGUGUACCUUCAUCGCUGCCUUCUUCUGCGACCGGGUGCGCGACCAUUUUAGCGUGGUGCCGGCGGCGCUGGCCGGCGUCGGCGCCGUGGUGCGCCUGCGCCACCUGCCGGCCGAACCGCUCUGCCGGCUCGUGCAGAGCCUCUACAAGGAGGUGCACGCCCAGAGCCUGGUGCUGGCCGAGCGGCGCUGCGUGUUCGCCGCGCUGCGCCACGUGCUGGAGGCGCGCGCGGACGACGUGCGCGUGUUGGGCGCCGACCUGGUGCUGGGCUGCGUGCAGUCAAUGGAGGGCGAGAAGGACCCACGCAACUUGCUGACCGUGUUCGCCGCCGUGCGCCUGUUGGUAGCGGCCGUGCCCCUCGAGCCGCUGGCCGAAGAGCUGUUCGAGAUGCUGGCCUGCUACUUUCCGGUGGACUUCACGCCGCCAGAGGGGAGCGCGCACGGCGUGACGCGCCAGAUGCUGGCCGACGCGCUGGCCGACGUGAUGGCGUGCAGUGGCCAGUUCGCCGAGUUCUGCGUGCCGCUGGCGCUGGAGAAGCUUAACUCGGAUCUGACGCAGGCCAAGCUGGACGCGGCGGACCUGCUGGUGCUCUGCUGCCGCACCUACACAGGCGCCGAGCUGACGCCGCACCUGGUGCCGCUGCGGCUGGCGCUGGCGCGCGAGGCGCUGGCGGCGCGUCAGCAGGAGGAGUUCGUGCGCCCGCUGUUGGAGCGGCUGAACGGCGACGACGGGGCCGAGCCUGCGGCGCUGACAGAGCGCCGUCUGGCGGCGGUGGCGGCCGGCGUGGCGGAGGUGGAUGCUGUGCGCGCGGCCGUGCCGCUGCUGCUGGUGCGGCUGGUGCGCGUCAGUCGCGCGGACGUCGCGGCCACCGUGCGCACGCUGGCCGCCGUACAGGAGGUGGUAGCGCGCGCUGCUGGUCAGCCGGACGUCGCCGACUACCUGCUGACUGAGCUCCGCCUGCCCGAGAAGGUGCUGGAGCUGUUCGGCGCGGCGGCGCGUGAGGUGGUGUUCGACCCGCUGCGGCCGCAGGACAUCUUGGCCGUGAUGCUGACCAAGCUGGCGCUGAGGAAGCCGCACGCGCUGACGGCGGCGCGCGCCGCCAAGACCCUUGCCGUCAUCGUGAACAAGCAGGCGCCCACCGAGACGGACCAUCUUCUCAAGACUCUCACGAACCAGCUGGAGUUCCUGUUCGAGAACUGUGAGCCGCCGGACGCCGGCGCGCGCCGGCCGCUGGUGUCGCUGUGGGGCGCCAUCGCCAAGGGUCUCGUGCUGCGCGGCCACGGCCAGGCGGCCUACUUCGUGGACCGUCUGGUGGACUGGCUCUCUGAGGAGUCGGCCGCCGACCGGCUGGAGACGCGCGCCGGGGCGCUGCGCUGCCUGGGCGCGCUGGCCCGGCUCAAACCGCACGUAUUGCUGCCGCUCAAGCCGCAGGUGCUGCGCGAACUGGCAGCCUGCCUCGACGACAAAAAGCGAAUCGUGCGUCAACAAGCGGUGGAGGCGAGGAAUCUCUGGUUUCUUUUGGGCGCGCCAGGUGGCUUGAAGUAGCCGCUGAUGCGCGUGUGAGAGCGUCAGGGUAGUUUGGCUACUACAGUUGCGUGGUGCGCUGUAGCGGAGAUCGGUGUGAGGGGCGCCUUUUGUACGUUGUGAUAACUUGAUUGCGAGCUUGUUCCCCUCGCGGUAUUAUUCAGCAGGUUCAUACGUUGUCGUAUUACUUUGCUAUUGUAGCAGCGGAGCAUGAAUAUAUGAACCAGACAUGGCAUGUUA